AACAACGGAAGUGACAGGCUAUGGCUUCGCCACAGAAGCGACCGCAGAACCACCAUAACAACCACUUUCAAUUCGUUCACUCAACCGCCACCGCCUUCCUAUCCCCUCCUAAAAUGGCACAGUCUCCGCCCUCCAAAGUCUGCGUACCUCUAUUGUUCCGGAAUUCAUCCUCCGAGUCCAGUCAACCCGACUCGCUGUCCUCUUCGAAUCCUGCUUCCGUCAAGGGCGUCUCCUCCGGGGACUCUGGAUCGGGGUUCCCGUCCACGGUCAGGAUUGCAGGGCUCAACGCGAAUGGGAAGGGCGGUGGACCUGCCUUUGUGGGUCAGGUCUUCAGCAUGUGCGAUCUUUCCGGGACCGGUCUCAUGGCGGUCUCUACCCAUUUCGAUAUUCCCUUUAUUUCUAAGAGGACACCCGAGUGGCUUAAGAAGAUGUUUGCAACGGUUACCAAGAGCGAGAGGAAUGGCCCCGUGUUCCGUUUCUUCAUGGAUUUAGGCGAUGCAGUUACAUAUGUCAAGAAGUUGAAUAUUCCGAGUGGUGUGGUGGGGGCUUGUCGGCUUGAUUUAGCAUAUGAGCAUUUCAAGGAAAAGCCUCACUUAUUUCAAUUUGUUCCAAAUGAGAGACAGGUAAAGGCGGCCAACAAAAUUCUUAAGACAAACACACAAAAUGGUGGAAACAGAAGGGUUGAUGGCGUUCCUGUCUUUAGUGCUCAAAACUUAGAUAUUGCAAUUGCUACUACGGAUGGGAUUAAGUGGUAUACUCCAUACUUUUUUGAUAAAAACAUGCUAGAUAACAUUCUUGAAGACUCCGUUGACCAGCAUUUCAAUGCUUUAAUUCAAACUCGGCAUGUGCAACGGCGACGAGAUGUAAUAGAUGACAACAUGGCAGCAGAUGUGUUGGAAGAAAUUGGAGAUAGCCUAUUGGAGCCCCCAGAGAUUCAAGAAGUAAUGGAUGAGAUGGGACAUUCUGGAUUACCUUUGAGUGUUAUAUCUAAGGCUGCUGAAAUCCAGCUUCUUUAUGCAGUUGACAAGGUACUCUUGGGUAAUAGGUGGUUGCGAAAAGCCACCGGCAUUCAACCAAAAUUUCCGUACAUGGUUGACUCUUUUGAGAAAAGAAGUGCAUUUUCUAUUCAAAGAGCCUCUGAAUCAACAAGCAGUCCUGCCAAUUCUGAAAGAGAAGAUGGUAGCUCAGAGCUUGCAUUAGAAGAUAAUGUCGGAGUCGAUCUUCAAAAGGGACCAGAUUUCCGAUUUCCUUUUGGAGACUGGGCUAGACACCCAUGGUUGAAGCAACAACUUAAACCCCAGAAGGGAUCUGAUACAAGAGCCGAACGCUUAUCAAGAGGAUCCAUAAACCAUACUGAAUACUCUAGUCCUCUUCUUCCAAAGAUUACCAUGGUUGGCAUCUCAACUGGAGAAGUAGGGCAAAUGAGCAAAGCUAGUUUGAAGAAAACGAUGGAAGAUCUGACAAGAGAAUUGGAACAAACUGAACAGGGGAGUUCAUCUGAUGAGAGUAGCGGUAAUGAGUACAAAAUUGAAGAUAGGGAUCCCUUAUUUGUGGCAAAUGUGGGUGACUACUAUUCUCGCAUGGGCCGCAUGGCAAAGGCAGGAUCAGCUCGAUGGGUUGGCCAAGGGAACGACUAAAAACUCUUAUAGUAUCCAAUACCUUUGGUGAGUUGAAAAUUCAUUUCUGAAAUCAAACACAAAGUGCACAUAGACCUGGAAAGACAUUCUACCAAAAGGUUGCAUCCUUAAGAUGCGAGGUCUUGAGACUAUCGCAAAGUUCACCCAUUACAUCAUAUUCUAAUCCGUGCUCCAACUUGGAUUAGGCUGCUGCAAACAUUGAUAUGCUUGAGCUGGUGUUGUUCAUGCGCAUUGUAAUUUUUCUAGAUGUUAGUUUUCAUACAGCAAGCAGUUUCUGUCUUGAAUGCUGUUGUAGGCCUAAUCAGAAUUUUCUGUGCUAUGUAUUUAAACAUUUUCAUUAAGAUAAAUGUUGUAAGACCUUCACUGAAUCUAAGCAGAUGUAAUUUUCUCAGUUA